AUGGCUGACAUUCCAAACAUAACAGAAGACUUUUCCAGAUAUCAAAUAGAGUUCUACCGACGUUUACUACGAACUCAAGAGGCAGCAAAGAAGGUGUCGGGCGAGGAGAUCCGGUUUCAGCGAGUGUGCGAUCGUGAAUUUCGGCAAAGCUUGGAUCGAAUUGGCGAAAAGUUAUUACAUCUCACUAAUAGCUUGAUAACUAGAGCAGCCGGUGAGAUAUAUGACGGUACAAUACAGUCUUUUGCUGAUCUCGAAGACGUUGAGGACAGGUUCACGUCGGUCGCAGAUCUCAAUGAUAAUUUGCUCGAGAGAGUUGAUGUCUGUCUUGACGAGUUUACUGGACGCGCCGAACAGAUCGCUGGUACAGCUACUCCCAAUACUCCAGUUGUGGCAAAAAAGGACUGGCUGGACAGGGGUUUAAUGUAUGCUCAAGGGAUCCUCCGUCCCCAAAUGAAGUUUCGAGAUACGAUCGAUAACGGGGACGCGCCUUUUAUUCCAAAGAUACGCGAAAAACCUAAUGCUCUUGUACCAUUGAAAAACUACGAUAAUCCGGGACCUGAUGAUUGUUUUACGCAUCCAUACGAAUAUGAGAUAAAUAACAUGAAAUACCCACAACACUUGUUAAAUAAAACUCCCGAGUCAAUAUUUCAAAAACUCGAGAACACGCCGUUUACGCUUGUUGAGACUGAGGAACAAUUAGAAGAGAUAUGCAGACGGUUAGAAGCUGCUCAAGAGAUUGCUAUAGAUCUUGAACAUCACGACUACCGCUCAUAUCAAGGAAUAACAUGUUUAGUACAAAUAAGCACAAGACAAGAAGACUUUAUUAUUGAUGCAUUAGCACUACGACACGUUAUGCAUUGGUUAAAUCAGUCAUUCACUGAUCCAAAUAUUGUAAAAGUGCUACAUGGCGCACAAAUGGAUGUGCUUUGGCUUCAAAGAGACUUUGGCGUUUAUAUAGUGAAUUUAUUUGACACGUUUCACGCAUCUAAUGUGUUGGAUUUUGGCAAACAUUCACUAGCACAUUUGCUAAAGCAUUACUGCGGCGUUGAUGCAGAUAAAAAGUACCAACUGGCGGAUUGGCGGCUUCGUCCCCUUCCAGCAGAAAUGAUUAAAUAUGCUCGAGAGGACACUCAUUAUCUUCUCUACAUAUAUGAUCGGAUGCGUCACGAAUUAAUAGACAGGUCAGCACCCGGUAAGGAUAUUUUACAAGUGGUCUUGGAUAGAUCGCGAGAGACUUCAUUGACCGUCUACAAGAAAAUGGAAUAUGAUGUUGAGAACGGAAGCGGUUUCAGAGGAUGGAAGAAUCUAUUAGCAAAAUGGAAUCAUAUAUUAGAUAAUCAACAGCUGGCCGUGUUCAAAGCAAUACACGAAUGGAGAGACAAGACAGCGAGACUGGAGGAUGAGAGUGUGACAUAUGUACUUCCCAAUCAUAUGUUAUUUGAGAUAUCUCGAAAAAUGCCCGUUGAUCCACCAGGGGUGCUUGCUUGUUGUAACCCGCCUCCGACAUUGGUCAGGAUAUAUGCUGCUGAUAUUGCCAUAGUGAUCAAAAAGGUAGUUACCGAUGUGAAGCCAGACGACAAGUCACUAGAACCUGAGAGUUUGAGGAAUAUGAAGACAUUGACUAUAAGCAGCAAAAGCGGUUUUAUUGAGGACGUUGAGAUGGAAGACAUCGAGUCUUUGAUAAAAAGCAAAAGGUUUGAAGAGGAACCCACAAAUUUCUCCUAUCUUCCACCUACGACAACACGCCCAAGAGAAAAAUCGCUGCUCUUUGGAAAUAUUAUGAGUUUGAGUUCAGACUCGGAGACGGAUCUUGAUGAGAUAGAUCGAGAAGCCAAGCGAAAGGCAGCCAUGCUCAAAGCCAAUCUCCGAUUUCCAAUGAACACUUUAUAUCCCAAUGAUGAUUCAGAAAGUGAGGAUGAUGAAGUAAUGCAAAUAGAUGAAGGGAGACAUGUGAAGAGAAUCUUAUGA